GAACGGCAACGAGCCCGUCGACCUGCGCAAGCGCAGCGCCUGGGAAGUGUGGGGAGUCGUGGCUCUUUAACGAAAGUUUCGCGUGGAGGCGGCGGCGGCGGACCCGAUCCCGGAUCGGGGGAGAGGGGCACGUGCGAUGGGUGGCAAAAACAAACAGCGAACCAAAGGCAACGUGCGGCCGUCGAGCAGUGGUAAAGCAGCUGAGCUGCUAGCCAAAGACAAGGGUACAGUUCCAGGCUUUAUUGGAUUUGGAGCCACCCAGAAUGAAUUGGCUUAUGUCCCUGCAGUCCAAGGCUUCGAAGAGGUGGACAGCUUGGUGGAUGCUGACUUCCGAAUGAUUCUGCGCAAAAUGUCAAAGAGGGAUGCAACCACUAAAUUAAAAGCUUUACAAGAGUUUGCCACAAUGUGCAAAGAGAAGGAUCCUGAAAGUGUAAAAGGAGUUCUUCCUUAUUGGUCAAGGAUUUAUUGCAAAUUUUCCUUGGAGUAUGACCGUAGAGUUCGAGAAGCAAUUCAACAGGCAUUUGAGUCACUCAUUCUUCAGGUGAAGCGAAACUUAGCACCUUAUUUGAAGAGUAUUAUGGGACAUUGGCUUAUUGCUCAGUGUGAUACCUAUGGUCCAGCAGCCUCCGCAGCUAAAGUGGCAUUUCAAGUCGCUUUUCCUCCAAAUAAACAAUCAGAGGCCGUGGCUUUUUGUAAAGAGGAAAUUAUGAGUACUCUGUAUGAUAACAUCACGAAGGAGACUCCUGAGACUCUCAGUGACCCACAGAGUGUUCCAGAAGAAGAAAGGGAAGCCAAAUAUUUCAGAGUUGUUACCAGUUCACUCUUGGCUUUGAAGAAGCUAUUUGACCUUCUGCCUGAAAAUGAGAAUAUGGUUCUGAAGGACAGACUAAUAAAAACUUUAUCGCAGUCAAAGUUUUGGAAAUACUGCAAGCAUAAAAAUCCACAGAUCCGAUCAGCUUUCUUCGAACUGAUUAUUGGUUUUUGCCAACAUUUCCCUGAGCUGUUGAAAUCUGAAGCUGCAAAAGUCAGUCCAGCUGUGCUGCUGAGCAUAGAUGAUAUGGAUCCAGUGGUAUGCCCUUCUGUCUGGGCAGCAGCACUUCAUGUGCUCAGCUGCAUUGAGGAUUGUUGGACCCAUGUAAAUGCAAAAAAAGGAGUUUUACCAAAAUUAUGGACGGUACUUAAAGAAGGUGGUCGUGGCCUUGCUACCGUGAUCUAUCCAAAUCUUUUACCAUUUUUUAGCAAAUUACCAGACGAAAUAAUUGUACCAAAGAUGGAAUUUUUUACCACUUUCUUCAGCACCUGUGCUAAGGGAUUACUGAGUGAACGUGCCUUGAUGAGCCAUUCUGAGAGCUCAGCAAUUGUGGCUGCAAUUAUGGAAUGUUUACGUUUUACAUUACACCAGAAUCUGGAAAUGAAUGAGGAUCAGCAGAAGCUCCAACAGAUGCUCAUAAAUGAUCAGUUACUACCUCUGUUACGUUCUGCUUUGAAGAAUCCCAAACUGCAAAACAGUACAUUUUCCCACCUAGCAGAUACUCUUUUGUCUUGGGAAAGGCGAGCUGAUGAUCCAGAAAUAGAAGAAUGUGCUGAAGCAUAUCAAAGACUGUUACCCUAUUUUUGGAAUGGGCUAUCUCAGCUUUGUAUGUCUCAGGUGAAAAGUGCAGAAGCUGAUAAGAAUAUAUUGGAAGGAGUGUCCGCCUUGCUUGUAUUAUUAAAAAAUCCUGAGAGUUCUCAAAAACACACGCUUAAAAAGAAAGAAAAGGUUAAGUUUUUUGACAAAGAAGAAACUACGAAUGGUGAAACCAACAGUGGCAAUCAUCAGGAAGAAUUAAAUUUUGGACCGACAAAUGUGCUGAAUUCGGAAAAUUCAGAAGGUUAUUCCAAACAUUCUCAGCAUUGUAAUCCUUCCAGAACUGUACCUUUGGAAGAUCUAGUUUGUAAACUGGCCAAACUAUGUAUAGGCUUUAUCAAAAGAGAGAACUCUGAAAUUUAUCUUGCAUUCUUGGCUACAUUGGUUAGCUCCUUUCCAUCAAUGAAUUUGUUUACAGUUUUGCUGGAAAAUGAUAAUCAGGGGAAUACUGAAUUUUUCCCUGAAGCAAAUAAUGAAGUGAAAACAAUGGCACCUAAUCCUGCUGUGCAGUUUCUGAAUGAAAAGCUGUUAAUCUGGAUGAAGGAAGACAAAGCUGAUUUUGGUUGCCUGAUUGAAAUGCUCUACAGUGUUCUUCAUUGCUGUCAGAAGAAUGUGAGGAACAUAAUACUUAAUCAAAUAUCUGAGAUGGAACAAGGAUGGCUCAUCUUAUUUCACGUUAUAGAAAAGGCUUGUGCAGAUCCAGUCAAGUAUGUUGCUAUUGCUGAUUGGUUAAAAGGAGAUGUUCUGGGAGAGAAACUGGUCUUGUUAGCUGAUGACCUCUGUGCAGUAGAAGUGACAGCAGGUUCUUCGCCAAGAAAACCUGACUCGAGUAACUUGAUGCUACUUGGCUUUGCUUUAUCCAAACGUACCAACAAUGAGUUCAUGAUUGCCGAAAUUUAUAUCGAAAGAAUAAUUGACAGACUCCACAAUGCACUUUCAAACAAUCUCUCCAAGGACCUCACUAAAACUGGAGUUCUGGAGCCAUCACUUUCUUUCAUUUGUGAUUUGGCAUCUAAUUUCUUCUGCUCCAUCAAAGGAUGUUUGCAGAUGUCAUCAGCUGAGGAUCUUCUUUUCAUUAUCUUCCAGCUCUGUGCCCAAAGCCAGGAGAAGACUCAUCUCUCGGAUGCUGUUUUGCAUAAGCUAGAGCAGACUUGGUUGCUGGGAUUAACUUCAUUAAUCAAUCAACAAGGACAUUUAAGAAAAUGUGGUUUCUUUCAUAGCUCUGCAACAUGGUUGAAAAGUCAGGUGCAAACAUCAACAGUGGAUGUAAAAAGUCUGCAGGUACUUCUUUCCUGUGUUCAUACUUUGCUUGAUAAACUUUUGAAAGGAACUCAACCUCAGUCACUCAGUCAUCUCAAAAUAUUAGUUGAGUGUAUGACUCCAGACCAUUCUGAGUGGGAAAAUCUAAGGCAGAAACUUGGAUCCCAGUGGCUGAGUAAAGUGUUGCUGAAAGAACAAAUAAGUCUAAACACGGAUAUAUUGUACACUGGGCUUAAUAUUUACUCUUCUGACAAGAUACCAAAUCAUUUAUGUACCACGACUUUAUUAUGCCAUGUGCUAUUGCAGAUAUUAGAAAGCAAUAUCUUUUCUGAACAGAAGGAAAUUUCCCCCAUUAUAUCCAUACCAGAAAUCGCUGCAGAGAUGUUCUAUGCUGUGCAGUGGUCUGAAGAAAUGAAAGAUUUUUGUCCGACGAUUUCGAAAUACCAUGAAUUACUACUUCACUUUGACAUUAUCCAGAGACUGAAGAAAGCCUGUGGCACAACAUGUGAAACUCUUUUUACCAGGUCAUUAGAAAAUGGAUUACUCUGGGCUUUAACCACCUCUCAGUAUAUUGCUGAAAACAAGUCUGAUAGUGGUUAUAAUUUAAAACAGCUGUAUGUUACAGUGGAUAGAUUUUUCCCUUUGACUGAAGCAAGCCUGCACACUAUUCAGAAUAUUAUUCCGCACGUUCUUCAGGAAGAUAAAGAUCUUAUUUUGUUCCAAUGCAUUGCAAAACUUGUUUCAAGCACAAGUUCAGAUAUUACUGAUAUUGAUGGAGGGUUUGGAAGCCUCGCCAUUUUAAAUAGCUACUUAAAGAAAGGAGUCAAUGAGGGUGAUCAUGUUGUACAUGAUCAUUUGUUUAUCGAUGUGUUAAAUAUAAUCAUGGGAUGGAGAAACCUUGAUGAACAAAUAUAUUUGUUUGACUGCACUUUAAAAAAUCCAGGACCUCAUUUGCUUGGAAUCAAUGUGGAAAUUAUAUGCUUUCUCAGACUGCUGAUCAAGUAUUUACCAACUUUACUAACGAGUGAACAGUGGGAUUUCAUCAUGUGUUCCACUUUGAUGUGGUUGGAGACUUCUGGUAGUACUGUAUCCCUUGAUUCCAAGCCAUUGAUACUGCAUUUUGUUUGUCAGAGCUGUGGCAUGCUCUCAGAUCUUAGCUACAUGUUUCAGACUUUAACACCAGAAUUAAGUAAAGCUCUUCCUGCUAAUCUUCUGGAUGAAUGGAACAACUUCUUUGUAGAAGGAGCCUACAGCCAACUGUUACCUCUUUUUUUUAAAAUGGCAGCUGAAUUCAAAGGAAAUGUUCUUCCCCCAACUGCCAUACAUCUGCUAACAGCCUUAGGUGAAGCUUCUGCACUCAUUCCACUAAAGCAGCUGAUGAAUUACAAUCUGCCAGCUAAGUAUAUCGCUGGUCAGAAAACCAAUUUACCUGAUAAACUUCAGUCAAUUAUGAACAUGUUGGCGCCAUUGUUGCUAUCCAAGACUCGACCUCUGCAAAUCACAGCUUAUCAUAUGUUAUACAAGUUAAUGCCAGAGCUGCCUGCUUUUGAUAAUGAACACCUGAAAUCUUACGAUGACAGCGGAAGUGAUGAAGACCAUGGUUUAUUACCACCUGCAGCACUUAUGACAGUAAUAAGUGCUAAGGAGAAGGUUUUAGAGAAUAUGUUCAGUAACGUUCCAGUUGGAGAGUACACAGAAAUUGAACCGCUGAGUGCAGCUUACUAUUGCAUCCUGGGGUACUUGCUUAGCUGGAAACUGCUUCUUGUAUUUUUCAAGGCAUCACCCUCUGAGUUACGGGCCAUAUAUGCAUCAUAUCUCCGUGAUAGUAAAUGCUUACACAAAUUAUUGCAAAACCUGUUCAGACUAAUGCCGGAAAAUCCAACUCUUCCUGGACAGAUUGCUGAUUCUACUAGCAAAGGAGUACGUACUCUAUUCUCUGAGAAACAUGCCAUUCUUCUUCAAGAAACAAAAGCUUUACAUACAGAGAUUCCCAAGUUGGCUUGUACUGUAUACUAUGGUGUAUUGGAAAACCUGCCAGCUACAGUUCGCCUUUGGUGGAAUAGUCAAGACAAACGUGUGUCCAGUACAGUGGAUAAAUACACCAGCAAAUAUGUCAGCAACAUUCUUUCCUCACAGGAAAUUUCAGCUGUGCAAACCAGCACUUCAGUAUUCAAGAACAUGAUGGUGAAAGCUCGCCCUGUUGCCCGAGAAGUACUCGCUACCUAUACUGUGAAUGAAGUAUUCAUAGAGCUUGUUAUUCAGUUACCAACGAACUAUCCUAUUGGAUCAAUUACUGUUGAAAGUGGAAAACGAAUUGGUGUGGCUGUUCAGCAGUGGCGUAAUUGGAUGAUGCAGCUAAACACAUUUCUUAAUCUUCAGAAUGGCAGUAUCAUGGAAGGCAUUGCAUUAUGGAAGAACAAUGCUGAUAAACGCUUUGAAGGAGUUGAAGAAUGUAUGAUCUGCUUUUCAGUAAUUCACGGUUCUAACUAUUCACUUCCAAGAAAAGCCUGCAGAACCUGCAAGAAAAAAUUCCACUCAGCCUGCUUGUACCGAUGGUUUACUUCCAGCAACAAGUCUACAUGUCCACUGUGUCGAGAGACAUUCUUAUGAGGUGUUAUGGCUUCUUUUCUGUUAUUAUAAUGGCCUAGUGGACUCAGGAGAAUUGUAGUCUUGAAGCAGAAGAUAUCACUCAAUGACUUUAUAACAGCCAGAAAAUAACAAUUUUUGAAUAAAACAACAGGAGCAAUUUUUUUUUCUGGUCUGUCUCUAAAACUUGUAAUUUUAAAAGUCAAUCAGGUGUCAGUGUUUUUUUUAAAAAAGGGCAUCAAUAAUUUUUCACAAUUAAAUUUAUCAAUUAAAUCAAUGAUAGUAUAUUGUAUAAAGAUGUUUGUCCUUGUUUCAUUUUGUUCUUCUGUUUUGGUGACUUGCAUUCAUUCCUUCAAUGGUGCUGUUGUGGAUCCAUUGCAGGAAAGUGUACGAGUUAAUACUGAACAACUCCCUGGCAGCUCACUACUUCCAAUCACAGAUUCUACAUAACAAUGGAUGGUGUAAACUUGCAAUCAUCACAUGUUGAAUUUAAAACCAUUACUUAAAUUCCCUUAUAAUAUAAAAUAUUCUAUGUAAUAAAAUUGUUCAUUAGUAAAAUUGUAAAUUGUUUAUAAUAGUGUGGAGUGUGUUAAUGAGUUGAACUCACUGUGGUGAUUUUUGUUUUUUUAAGUGUCUUUCCACCUUCAUUCACUAAACAGCUACGAAUAGUGCUGUUUUUAAAAACAAAAUGAUACCUGUCAAUUUCUGUGCUUGAUCAUCACUAGAAAUUUGUUCCAGUUUUUUCUCCCCCUCCAGAAUAAACACUGAAAGUAUAAAUGGGAAUGCGCGCAAUGUCAGGAAAAUGCUUAGGAUCAAGAAAGGUGAGAGGUAAAAUUCCACAUUUACUCAUCCCUGAUGAAGACAGCAGAGUUUGAAAUCAAAACGGCAGUUAUAAUUGAUACCUGUACCGGCAGGAAGCCAGAGAAGAGUUCAUUCGUCAUGUACACCCAGAAAGCACUAGAUUCUGAUUCUGAGAAGUUUUUAAAAAAGCUGAAAACACUUAAAGUUUUAAUUAAUUUCUUCAAUA